AGCAAUAUGAGUUGCAAGAGUGGCAGAGGAGCGUCCGGACGUUUCUUGUCGAGUUCGAUCGUAGAUUUUCCGCUCGUUUGUAUGGUGGUGGAGUGACAUAGACAAUCAUUGUUGCACAAACCACAAGACGAAUACCACUGGAACAUGUGCCUGUGACCAACUCGUAGCUUCGUUCGCAACAUUCGCGGCGGUGCAAGACCACACACACACACACACACACAUAUACCCACGACACGCGGAUGAUUUUAAUUAUUUUUCUUCGAACCAAUUUUUAGGGGGGGAAAGGAAAAAGCGAUAGGAAGCAAAAAUAAAAGGAAGACAAACAAUAUCCUCUGCGUCGUGAGCAACCCGCAUCUUCCUGCAAGAUGUCGGAGACAAUGGUACUUAUUUGUUUCUAUUUCUUGAUGAAGCUGAUGGCUUCGUGAUGGUUGAUAAUCCAAGAAAGUGUAUGCAUGUUUUUGGUUUCUUCUGGUAUUGCACAGCACCGAAGAGAAAAAAAAUCGACAAAAAAAAACAGCUCACUUGCGACAUGGAGGAGGGCUCCGAGAUGAGACAAGACGCCAUCUCACAAGGUGCCCUGGCCGUCCAAAAGUUCGAGACCGAAAAGGACAUAGCAAAACACGUACAUUUUUGUCCUUUUCAUCUUCUGCUGUGUCCUCUUUGCCAUUUCUGCCGUUCAUAUUUGUCUCUCUCCUUCUGACAACUACUGCGGCAGCAGUAGGUGCAUCCACAACAGCUACAGCAGCUAGCAAAAUCAUGAUAUAAUGCCAAAUCACAGAUAAAAAAUUUCUUCGACGCCAAGUAUGUUCCCGGGUGGCACUGCAUCGUAGGGAAGUCCUUCAACUGCGCAGCAACGUUUGAGGCAAAAACAUACGCGUUUUUCCAGAUCGGGCCCAUGAUGGUACUAUAAACCUUUGCCUUUGGUACCAACAUGCAGGUUCUUUGCAUUCGUAUGUCUGGUAGGUCAAGCAAGAGAUGUGUUGAGCACUACACAACCCGGCCCUUCUUACGCUGUUGACUCACUACUACAAAAAACCUAACAGAUACUCCUCUUCAAGUCCUAACGUGCGGGCUGCUACGCUGCUACUUCCCCCCUAGCGGAGCCGCACCAGUACAAGUUCGGGAAAAAAAAUGAAUAUCAAUGUACGGAACCAAAUUACACUACACUACCCUCACCCCUGAUCACCUCGUGCCUCGACCUGACCGCGACGGCGAUAGCACGACCUGGCGAUACCUCAUGCUCUGACACACUUGACGCUUACUACCUUAAAACUUAAUAGAUUAUACUUACAAGAACUCGUUCGGAGGAAGGAUUUGGAAAAUCACUUUAACUCACACUUACUUUUAGAGAGCUUGCUGACAACGAUGUUGAACAAAUGGAAAUAUAUCUAGAACACUGGGUACGCGAAGAGCUCCUCGCGCAGAAGAUAACACUUGCUUGCAACGGUUACGUCCACUGUUAAUGCUUUUGAAAGAAUGGAU